CACACAGUGAGAUUUACAUUGUAACUGCUCAUUAUGCUGCCAGUUGCUGCAUGUUUAGUAUCUACGAUGCACACAAUAUUACACUCUGGGAUAUUAUACAAUUAUUGGAAGAAUGGAGCCAGUCAGUAACUGUCUGAGGGACUCUCUGUAUUUACUGUAACUCCUGAUAUCUCCAGCCACCAUGCGGCAACCAUCACCACCAUCCUGCAUCUUACUGUCACUAUUUAUACUGACUGCAGCUCAGCGUAACGUCCUUCUCCCGAUGCCCGGCCUUUUAUAUCAGUCUGUCUGUCUGUCCAGUGAUUUCAAUCUGACACAUCCUGUAGAAGACGCCUCUUGGACAUUUCAAAACAAUGGAGAAGAAAUCCGAAUCGCAAAGUUCCCAAACUCAAAGUUUAGGGUCAAUAAUAACAAUCGGUUCAAUAACCGCCUCAAACCAUCUAAUAACAUGACUGGAUUAACCAUCCGAGACCUGAGACCAGAGGACAGCGGGACAUACACAGUGACAAUAACGCUUACAGAUGGAGUGACACAUCGAGCAUCGUUUAAUCUCACUGUAUACGAACCUGUUCCUGUCCCGGAGAUAAAGACUGAACUUGAUAUAAUCUCCCCCGACUGGUGUAAUUUUACUCUCUAUUGCUCCGUUCCUACAAUCACCUCCACACUGUCCGCCAGCUGGAGCUACAGAUACAAUGUGACCGAGCACCAUCCCUUUAAUGAAACGAAAUAUAAUAAAAGUCAUGCAGUCCAUCUAUCUCUGCAGUCACAGUCACAUAACUCGCAAUUUCUGUGUUUGGUACAAAACCCUGUGGACAAGAAAAAUGUGUCUGUUUAUACUCAGCAAAUCUGUCCUGCCAACAGACAAAAUCUACCUAGUACCAGCGAUCAAGGCACCCCUCUCCAUUUGAACGGGCUUCUGAGUCAAGCCAUUAAUUUGACAAGCGAUUUGAAUGUGACUCAAUCUGUAAGAGACUCCUUCUGGUAUUUUACACCCAGUGGAAGAAGGAAAAGGAGAAUCUGUGAAUUUAGAAAUGAUAAGACGCAUCCUUGUGAUAACUCGAAUGAUCCCAGGGAGCGCUUUGAAUUAUAUAACGAUGGUAUGACAUUGGAAAUAAAGUCUGUGAUGUUCGAGGAUAGCGGGAUAUUUGAAUUGCUAGUUACUCUUCAAGAUAGGACUACCGAAACUAGUUUGUUUAAUUUCACUGUGUACGAGCCAGUUCCUUCCCCAAAAAUAAAUAUAACACUGGAAAAUGUCAACGCUGACAGGUGCAAUAUCACGCUAUAUUGUUUUGUGAUGUCAAGCGCGUCAAUGCUGAGCUUUGUAUGGAAAUACGGGGACCAAGAGCGAGAGAGCUAUGGAAACGGAUUCAGAAUUGAGCUGUCACUGACCCCUACAGAGUCGAGCAUGGAGUACCAAUGUCUGGUUCGAAACCCGGUUUCCCAAAACAUGGCAUCUGUACUCCCACCACAGAACUGCACAAUUACACAUAUUGGUCAGAAUCGCAAUAAGUAUUACAUCAUGUUGUCCCUAAUGAUCAUUGUCUUUCCGCUGGCUGUUUGGUUUGUCGUUGUAACGAACAGGACAACAAAAGAAGGGGAAGUGUCAGCUCAAACAGGAAGAACUUACUAUGAAGUUGAAGAUCUUCGCAGUCAGGAGAAGAGUAAUGUUCAGCAGGCAAAAAAUCCCCCGGAGACGGCAAAAGCACAGACAAUCUACUGUGUGCUACAACGAGAUGGAGAAUAGCAGGAAAGACUCCUGGAAUUACAAAUCAUUAAGAAAGAUAAGGUUCAUAGUGUGGAACCAGAAGAGAUAAAGAAUGGGAAAAACAUCAUGGAGGUGCACAGAGCGUAUCGUGAUCUGAAUUUAUUUCUACACUCACAUGAUACGUAGCCACAAGUCGAAAGAGCAAAAAUGUUACAAAGUGCUAAAUGUGGAGCAAUCAGCAGGAACGUUCUAUUGGUUUCCAUGGUGACUGCUCCAGAAAUGCUGUAUAUAAACACAGCAUAGGUAGAUCCCUAGAGAGGAAGCUCUAAAUAUGUCACUAAUUAGACACUCUGUAUCUUGUAAUCUAUAAUGUUACAAGAACAACCUGACAGAGGAAGUUACCAGAGAUAAUGAGUAUAAUUAUAUUGUAUUAACGUUCCCAUA